CUCCCCUCAUUCCUUGUAUCGGAUCCCAGACUUACAUGUCUCAGAGAACAAGCGAUCCACAUUCCUCUUCUGUAGCCUUCGGUAUCCACUCCCAUCUCCUGGUCUCCAGUGAGAUGAACCCUAGCUCCGAUUGGUAGAAUUCAUCACUCCUUAACUUUUGCCCAACCUCUCUAUCUCUAUUUUCUGUGUCUUUUUCCCGAUCCCCUUUGUUUUCCUUCGAAUUUGAGAAAAUGGGUUUCAAGGGGUUCGCGGAAGGUGGGAUUGCAUCCAUUGUCGCCGGAUGCUCAACCCACCCGCUAGAUCUGAUCAAGGUCCGGAUGCAGCUACAGGGCGAAACGUUGGCGCCGGUUCCCGCGCUACGACCGGCACUCGCUUUCCCAGGCUCGGCCACAGUCGCUAUCCCCCAGCCCGCUCUUGCGCCGCCACGCCGCCCUGGGCCCAUUGCCGUGGGUCGGCAGAUCCUCUUCGCCGAAGGUCCAGCAGCUCUCUUCUCAGGCGUUUCCGCCACCGUACUGCGCCAAACCCUAUACUCCACCACCCGUAUGGGCCUUUACGAAAUCCUCAAGACCAAAUGGUCCUCCUCGACCUCCACUACCGGUGGCGCGCCAACGAUCCCGCUGUACAAGAAGAUCACCGCAGGUCUGAUCUCUGGCGCCGUCGGCGCGGCUGUCGGAAACCCCGCAGACGUCGCGAUGGUGCGGAUGCAGGCGGACGGCCGUCUCCCCAUGGCGGAACGCCGGAACUACAAAGGGGUAGGCGAUGCUUUGGGUCAGAUGGUGCGGCGGGAGGGGGUGAGAUCCCUGUGGCGGGGAUCGGCUCUUACGGUGAAUCGAGCGAUGAUUGUGACGGCGUCGCAGUUGGCAACGUACGAUCAGGCCAAGGAAGCUAUAUUGAGGAAAGGAUUAAUGCCCGACGGGUUGCCUACACACGUUGCGGCGAGCUUCACCGCCGGAUUGGUGGCAGCGGUAGCGUCGAAUCCGGUGGAUGUGGUGAAGACGAGGGUGAUGAAUAUGAAGGUUGAGAAGGGGGCGCCGCCGCCGUAUGCCGGAGCGCUCGACUGCGCAUUGAAGACGAUGAGGGCGGAAGGGCCUAUGGCGCUUUAUAAAGGGUUUAUUCCCACUGUUUCUCGCCAGGGACCGUUCACCGUCGUCCUCUUCGUUACCCUUGAGCAGGUUCGAGCGAUUCUCAAGGAUUUUUAGCUGCAUCUUGAACGACGUUUAUCGCUGGUUUUGAUUAAUGAUGAUGACGAAAAUGUAUUUUCUGUGAAGCAGAAUGGGUGCUGUACUUCUGAAUUAAAAUAUUUAUAAAAUUUUAAAU